CACGGCUACUGAUUCAGCCAUCUCUGUACCGGUAGCUUGUUAGCCAACAUUAAACCGACCCAUUGCAUCACUUUAGACCAUUUUUUUGUAUAGCUACAUGAAUAGUAGUGUUUUAAACCCGAUUCGGAUAACGUAUGUACUAGUUGAUUUAAACGGAAUUUGCAAUUUAAGAUUGAUACUGAGCCUAGCACCAGGGCAGUCGCUCAUGCUAGCUAGCUAGCUAGCUAACAUCCCCGACAAUGAGCUCACAAAGCUUCUCCCCCGCUGCUAAAAAAGAGGUCUGCUGGACAGAGAAAGAACCUCUGGGGCUGAACAUUGUCGUAAAAGAAGAAGACGGGGAUACAGUAAAAGGAGAGGAAGAAGCUUUCAGAACGACGAAGGAGAAAGAGGAGGCUAUCACAUUGAAAGAAGAAGAGGGGGCUGUUAUGGUGAACGAAGAGAAAGGACCUUUUGUAGUGAAAGAGGAAGUAGACGAAUUCAGAAUGAAAGAGGAGACUAUCACAUUGAAAGAAGAAGAAGAAGAAUAUUGUAUAAUGAAAGAGGAAGAGAUAGCUAUCUCAAUAAAGGAGGAAGACGUUUUGGAACUGAAAGAGGAGGCAGGAGGGGAGACUGAAGACACCAAACCACGGCAAAAUGCUGUUUUCUGGCCCUCACAGGGCUGUAUAGUGAAAGAGGACAUCAGAAAGAUACAGGAAGAAUAUAGUGUGGCUCCCAUGAGUCCCAGCCAGACUGUUGAUGAUGAUGGCAAUGUUAUUCACUGCAAUGAAGGAUGGGACAUGGAGGACAAGGAUUGGUUUCCUAGCAACCUGCUGGAGGACACAUCUUUCCCGCCCCCCUCCCCUCUCCCGGAGUCCCCAGGUCGUGCCUCACUGUGGGGUCUGAAGAGGGUGUCUGUGUGGCUAGUCGAUUGCAGGAAAACACCAGGGCUGAGUGGAACUGCGAGAGAAGGAGAUGAAAAGGGAGAUUUAGAUUCAAUAUUAUCAGGAGAGAGACUGGACUCUCACUCGAACAGCGGAAAGUGUACUUCAGGGGAACCAGACCCAGAGAUGCCCAAACCAGCGAGACAACACUGCUGCUCGCAGUGUGGAAAGAGUUUUACUAAGUUACGGAACCUAAAAGAUCAUCAAAGAAUACACACAGGAGAAAAGCCUUACCACUGCUCACAAUGUGAAAAGAGUUUUACUCAGUCGGGGCACCUGAAAACACAUGAGAGGACGCACACAGGAGAAAAGCCUUACCCAUGCUCCCAAUGUGGAAAGACUUUUACCCGGCUAGGGCACCUUAAAGACCAUAAGAGAACGCAUAAAGGGGAGAAGCCGUACCACUGCUUUCAGUGCGGAAAGAGUUUCACCCAGUCAGGGAACCUGAGAACGCAUGAGAGAAUACACACUGGGAAAAAAAACACACACACUGUAGAGAGGCCUUUCCAAUGCACUCAGUGUGGAAAGAGAUUUAUCCGGUCAACUCAUCUGAAAGAGCAUAAGAGAACACACACAGGAGAAAAAACAUUCCAAUGCACUCAGUGUGGAAAGGGUUUUACUUGGUUAUGGACCCUGAAAGACCAUGAAAGAACACACACAGGAGAUAAGCCUUUCCAAUGCUUCCUGUGUGGAAAAAGUUUUACCCAUUUAGGGAACUUAAAAAUGCACAAGAGAAUACACACAGGAGAGAAGCCUCACCACUGCUCCCAGUGUGGAAAGAGUUUUACCCAGUUAGGGCACCUGACAACACAUGAGAGGACACACACUGGAGAGAAGCCUUUCUACUGCUCCCUGUGUGGAAAGAGUUUUACUGAGUUAGGGAGCCUGAAAAAACAUAACAGAAUACACAAAGGAGAGAAGCCUUUCCAGUGCUCCCUGUGCGGAAAGAGUUUUACCCAGUUAGGGAGCCUGAAAACACAUGAGUGGACACACACAGAAGAGAAGCCUCACCUCUGCUCACAGUGUGGAAGGGGUUUUGUUGAGUUAAGGGGCCUGAAAGAGCAUGAGAGAAUACAUACAGGGGAAGAGAAAACAUACCACUGUUCUCAUUGUGGGAAGGGUUUUGGGCGAUCAGGGCAUCUAAAAGUGCAUGAAAGAACACACACUGGCGAGAAGCCGUAUCAGUGCUCUCAGUGUGAAAAGAAAUUUUUCUCAUCAGGGGACCGGAAAUCACAUGAGAGAACACACUUAGUAGAGAGGCAGAGGGCUUUCCAAUGCUCUCAGUGUGGGAAGAGAUUCAUCCAGUCAUCUCAUCUGAAAGAUCACAUGACAAUACACACGGGAGAAAAACCAUUCCAAUGUUCUCAGUGUGGAAAAGGUUUUACCAGGUUAAGGAGACUGAAAACACACGAGAUGACACACACAGGAGAUAAAUAAUCCUUUCAAAUCCUCUUAGUGUGAAAAAGCUUUUACCCAGUUAGGACACCUUAAAAUGCACGAGAUGACAUGCAGGGAAGAAGCCUUUCCACUGCUCCCAGUUUUACCUAGUCAAGAUACUUGAAAAAUACAUGCGCUAACACACUUUGCAGAGAAUCCUUGAAUAAAUCCACACUGCAGGAAAAUAUAUUUUUAUAUGAUUAAGUUAACUCAUUGAUCCUGCUUUGUUGUAUACCCCUCAGGUCUAAGUUUGCGAAAAGGAAACCAGGCCCAGUCCUUGCCGUUCUGCCACUCUAGGCGAGAAAAUAAAUUGCCGCCAUCCUCUCUCCGCAAAACUACAAUAGUGUGCCGUGUCCACCCAGUGGUGGAAAAAGUACUCAAUUGUCAUACUUCAGUAAAAGUAAAGAUACUGUACCUUAAUAGAAAAUGACUCAAAAGUGCACGUCACCCAGUAAAUUACUACUUGAGUAAAAGUAUUUGGUUUUAAAUAUACUUAAGAUUCAAAAGUAAAUGUAAUUGCAAAAAUAUACUUAGUGCAUUCGGAAAGUAUUCAGACCCCUUGAC